GUUGUUGAACGGUGAAAGCACUAUUUUUUUAAUGCACGUUGUGUUUAUGACACAGACUUUCGCUUUUAUUGUUAGUUAUGAUAUCGUGGUUUAGAGGAAAAUCUGUCCGUUUAAUCAUGUCUGAUCGGUUUUAAUCGGGGGGGGCGUUUGAUUUAUGGGUGUUUUUCUAGCCUGAUUGUGAAGCUGCAGUAGCUAGCUGGCUAAGCUAACUGAAUGUAAACAAGCAGCGGAUCAGCUGUGGAUCAGAGAAUCGGACUGAAGCGCUGCUGACAGCUAAUAUUCUCAUUUAAUUCACAUUAAUAUCGACAUAAAUAUUAAACUGUCGCUGUGGAUUUGCUCAUAUUUCAUAGAUCUGGUUUUAUAUCACUGAGGACACCUCCCUGCUCGAGUUUUAUCUGUAGCAGUCCGACAGAUCAACAAUUAUUCUGGAUACUGACAUUACCAACUAACCAUUAAAGCUACAUAAAGUAAACAAACUGAUCCUCCAGAAUUAUUCAGCUCGGUUAUUACAUGUCACAUCGAGGGAGAAAUACACGAGGAAAGAAGUUUGAUCUACGAGGACAUCUCAUAUUUCCUGAGGAGCUAUAAAGAGCUGUGAGGUGACAGAAACACAGCUGCCAUGGCUCAUCAGCAGAUGCCCAGCUCCCAAAAGGCCCUAAUGCUGGAACUCAAGUCAUUACAGGAGGAGCCAGUGGAGGGUUUUCGCAUUACGUUGGUGGAGGAGUCAGACUUGUACAACUGGGAGGUUGCCAUAUUCGGGCCCCCAAACACACUGUACGAAGGUGGCUACUUUAAGGCCCAUAUAAAGUUUCCUAUUGACUACCCAUACUCACCUCCAACCUUCCGUUUCCUGACCAAGAUGUGGCACCCGAACAUUUACGAGAAUGGUGACGUGUGCAUUUCCAUCCUGCAUCCUCCUGUGGAUGACCCUCAGAGUGGAGAGUUACCCUCAGAGAGGUGGAACCCUACUCAGAAUGUCAGAACUAUUCUGUUGAGCGUGAUUUCACUGCUGAAUGAGCCAAACACAUUUUCACCGGCCAACGUGGACGCGUCGGUCAUGUUUCGCAAAUGGAGAGACAGCAAAGGGAAGGACAAGGAGUAUGCUGAGAUUAUCCGAAAGCAGGUGCUGUCCACGAAGGCAGACGCAGAGCGGGACGGCGUGAAGGUGCCCACCACGCUGGCCGAGUACUGCAUCCAGACCAAAGUGCCUUCCCACGACAGCAGCUCCGACCUGCUCUACGACGACCUGUACGACGACGACAUCGAGGAAGAGGAGGACGACGACGACGACGUGGAGGCUGGCGGGCUGGGUGGGGAAAUGAGCGCAGACUGCUUCGGUGACGAGGACGACUCCGGAAACGAGGAGUCUUGACCUCCUUACGUCUGAGCCUCCGUGACCCUUUCCCCUUUGCACCGUUUUCCACUUUGUCUCUCUGUCUGCCUGUCCUCCUUCACUGUUUGUCCCAGAAUAUCUUCUUUCCGUCUGCAUCCACCCCGUAAACGUGAGCCGUUCCUGCCCUGAGUUUUCGAGCCCCAGUAAGGAGUCGCUGCGAAUGGCAGAACAAAACGCCAUGGUUUGUAGUUAAACUCUUUGUAAGAGGCGCUUAAGACGUGACAUUGUUUUGUUGAUUCCUGAUUGAGGAUUUAGGAUCAAUCAUUAGAGUUACUACAGACGUCUUUUAUCCCCAGCCUGUCUCAGAACCUCAGGGCUUUUGGAUACUCAAGCUUCUCAGUCCAGUUAUUUCAAGCUUAGUUAUGUUCUCAUUUUUUAAAUCACCUGCUUUAGCUUGUCUUUAAGUAUCGUCUUGCAUUGUCUUGGUCUUGUCUCUUUUACUUUCUUUUGAUGUUUGUCCCUGUUAAAGGAAUAAUUAAGCAAAUGUUUAAUGUGAAACAUGCGCUUUUCCUUGAAUCGUAAACUCAUUGAUCAGCCAAGACAUAUUUGUGGUCUGACAUUUGCUUCUUUGUUGUUCUAGCUCACAAAUCAUAAAACUCAACCUUAAAAUACACUAUAUGAACACGGUUGAGUUUGGGUGGCUCAGCCCAAACCGAUUGUUGAGUGAAUCGAAAAUUUCAAAUAAAUAAUUAGCUUGUGGCGGCACGGUGGCUCGGUGGGUAGCACUGUCGCCUCACAGCAAGGUCCUUUCUGUGCGGAGUUUGCAUGUUCUCCCCGUGUCUGCGUGGGUUUCCUCCGGGAGCUCCGGUUUCCUCCCACAGUCCAAAAACAUGCAGUCAAGUUAAUUGGAGACACUGAAUUGCCCCAUAGGUGAAUGUGUGUGUGUGUAUGUGUGUGUCUGCCCUGUGAUGGACUGGCGCUACCGUCCAGGGUGUUACUGUGUGCCUUGCGCCCAUUGAAAAGCUGGGAUAGGCUCCAGCACACCCCCGCGACCCUAAUUGGAUAAGCGGUUAAGAAAAUGAGUGAGUGAGAGUAAUUGGCUUUUAUUCAUUAGGUUUUUAACGUCAUGUUUUACACACUUUGGUUACAUUUGGGACAGAAACGGUAGUUACUCGUUACACAAGAUCCAUCAGUUCACAAGUUUAAUAUCAAACACAGUCAUGGAUAGAUGAAAGUACAGUCGCCUUUCUAACAGGUUGUUGGAGUAGUAGUUGAAGUAGUGUCUAAAUUUGGGUGCAGAGUAACCCCUAAAUGUAAGUAGUUGGAAGAAGUGGGAUAUAAAAGUGGUCCUUAGUCCAAGCUUUCCAGGUUUUAUAUUAUAACAAUGUUUUUAAAUAUUUAACUCUAGUAACUCAGUUAAAUUAGUUACCAUUGUUUCAUACUACUUAGACAUAUUGACUAAUGGCCAAAAGUAUGUGGACCCUACUUAUUGUUAAUCAUGUUAGGUGUUAAAAUCAAUUACUUAGACUUAUGGACAUUUAAGAAGCUCUUUAGUGCACCUCAAAAGAAGCAAGCAGACACAAACAUGUAUUGGGUGAUCUUUUUAUUAUUUCUUUAUCUAACCAUUGCUUUAACAACAGUUCGUUUUUAUACACCUUCUAUGUCCUGUAACCCCUUCAUUUUAACGUCCCGUGUGACUGUUUCUUAUUUUCCUUUUUAAGUUUUCCAGGUAAGUAUUUGAUAUAGAAGUAAGGUGACGGUUGACUUUAGGAAUCCAGAAGGAAAGGCAUUUUGACUGCAUGUGAGUGUCACGUGUCUUACGUUUUAGAACUAAAACACUUCAAACGAGCCAUUAAAUGUUAGAGUAUAUUGAGAUGGAAAGGUGCAUUCAGGUGCUACAGCAGUAGAGAUGCAAACAAUCUCAGCAUCAGCAUGAAUACCAGAAUCAGAGCUACACUUGAAAGCUUUAGUACAGAUGACUUCAUCUCACGUUUGGUUGUGAUUUAGAACACACUUGUGGUUGACACUUUUAAGUCCAGCUAUCCAUUAUGUGCAUUAAUUAGUGGGUUAUUUGCACCUAAUCGUAACCAUCUCGUGUCUUUCACCUUCUUUUACUCUAACAUCAGAGCCGGCUUUGUUCUGAUAGUUUGGAUAUGAAUUUAUUUCCUAAGCUUUGAGGUAUGGGGUCGGAAAUGAUGGACUGCCAAGGAUGCUUCUCAGUGAGUCCCGUCAUCCCCUACUUGAAAAUUUCGCUUCGUCCACAGGCCACAGCAAAGCCUGCAUUUAUUUUCCUUCUUUCUUUUUUUUUUUUCUCAAAUGCAUGGAUGUUUGUUUAAAUGUGUUUUAUAAAAUGUCAUUUCUGACUUGAGGCUCACGAUGUGCUCUCGUUAAUAAGACUGGGAUUUGGACUUUAUUGCACACAGGGUCUCAGGUACGCCCUCGCUGAAACCCAGCAAAUUAGCCAAGGACGCUGAUGUAUGUGUACCUGUUCACAGAAGCUCCGAAACACAGAAAUUAUGAGCGACAACACUCAGCACUCUGAUCAUUAGCUGGAGCUAAUAGACAACCUUUUAACCUCUUCAUAAUUCUUGGAAUAAAGCAGGAUUUUAAAAAACUUGCUCAUGAGGGGAUGUUUUACUGUGGAAAUAAAUGCAAACGCUGCAUAUGGACAGCAUUAUAAACUGAAGCUCCCUUCUAUAGGACUUCUCAUGCGCUCAGAAACUUUUGUGACUCUGAUCGGUCAUGGAUUGUCUGAUCAAUGGAUCGUCUAUUAUUACUUGUGUGUCGAGUGUGUUUAUGGAAUUUUCAACACCGUUUAAGAUAACCACACGUAAUGGACAUGAACUGCAAUCCUUUACCAUGCCUUAUUAAGGUGGAUGCUUAACGAUUCCAUCAUGGUUUGCUUUAAGUUUGUUUUGUUUCUCUUAUUGUAGUGUAACACAGAAUCGCAUUAAACGAAUGUUCAUGUAAUGAAAAAAGUCACUGCAAAAAGGAUCUACUUCUAUUAUUAUUCGAAGUAUGCAUUGGAAUUAAAAAAAACAUGUCCGGUGUGGUCAUUUAAGAUA